UAGGCUCUUCAAAAAGCGAAAAACGCAUAAGUAAUUAUCGUUAUUGUUUAUAAAGUUUUUGAUUGAUUUCACAAACUCUGCGUGUUCGAUAACCAAACAAACCUGAAUGUUUACUAACAGUAGCUUUCCUGUAAUAAAUUCACAACAUCCGAAUUUCAUUUUAGAAACCAACUUCGACGGGCAGUGGCUUAGGCCUUAGCGCAAAGGUGCUUUAAAAAUAACAAGUGAAGAUUCUAGCACUGCAUCAAUUUAAUUGGUCUUUCUGAUAAUGCAGGCGUGCACUUAUAUACUGAUUUCAACAUUAGUAGCAGCCAACGCAAAGAUAUUAAGAAACAAUGCCCUCAUGACUAAAAUGGUCUCCAACUUUCAUAAAGACAUCGACACUUCCGCUACCUAUCAAGAUAAAUCCGAGCCCGUGUUGCAAAGAAUGCAAAACUUGCUUUGUCAAAACUUUCGAACCAUACCUUGCGACAUGAUAACUCGAGAUGUAACACUACGGAAAUUGAUAGAAAAGUCAAUACAACAAAUUAACUACAAAAAGUUACGAAUGGACAAAACAACCCAAUCACCACGAUACUUAACUCUCUUCCCAAUGAACAGCGGCGAUAUUCACGAACAAAAACAUAAAAAACAAAAACACAAGCAUAGGAAUAAAGAACGCCAUGUGUUGAACAGAAAGAAGCUGCGCAAAUUUUACCCUCACAAAGUGAAAUAUAAAGACAAGAAUGUCAACUUCCACGAGUCGGAAGAAAAACUAUCUAUGUCAGUAGAACAUAUUCCGGAUGUGGCCCAGCCGAGGAAACGCGUCACUUACAAAAUGGAACAGGAUGAACCGUUUUGGAGAAUAGAUUACAUGAAACAUGAAGAACCUAGCGCUCAUAUGUUUGGAUACAUGGACCGACUCAAAGAUAAGAUCAUCAAGUCCAGCCAAACUGUCAUCGUCGAUGAGCAAGAAAAAAAAGACAUUAUGCACCCAGAUGUGUAUAUUAAGCAGAACAAAUUCGUUCGAAAGAAUAUUAAUUUAAAUGACGAUGACAUUGAAUAGGUAGUAAUAAAAAUUAUAUUACAAAUAGAGUUUUGAAUACUUGCUACGAAUGAGUGCGAAAUAUGAAACCUAGGAUAGGUUUUAUAUUUCGUUAAUAAAACAUUACCUAAUGGUAAAACGAAUAUUUUGGGUCGUCUAUGUAGACUGUAUAUUUACAUCAUACUAGUUAGGUGCAUCAUUAUUUAAUACAUGUUAGGUGUCUUGUAAGCAGUAGGCCGUACUAAAAGAGAGUUUGUUGAGAUUGUAUCAUCUUCUUCUUUUUGACCAAAUUCAUCGAAGGGUUUGUCGUAUUGUCAAUCUCCAAUGUUUUACUGAUCGGCUUGAUUUUCCCUCACUACACAGAGACGCAAUGUCUCUUUGCGUUUUCUUCAAAGUGUGCGACGGUAAGUGUUCUGAUAAAUUAUUUGGCCCCUCUUGCCUCGUUUCAACACCGUACGAGCCUAUGAAUUCAAAAAACAUUACAUUAUAUGUACAAUAUUCACUCUGUUUAACCUUAUACAUAAUAUACUUCUAUGAACACUAGCGUUUAAACUAGGCCUAGCCUGUAUCUUAAAAGCUAGUUCCAGCUACUUCCAGUGUCAUUAAGAAAUUGGUUAAAAUGUUUGCCAUUAGACGUUUAUUGCUAAUGAAACUAAAUGAAUUAAUUUAAGUUGUAGCAAUUGGUUACACUGGAGUAAGUGUGAACUUCGACAAAGAUUUUUAAGUCUGGUGGAUGAGAAACUUGGA